GGUACGCAUCUCUCGUUUUUCGCUGUUUCGUGGAGUUGCGGGCACCGUGGAGACUUGACGUUUCCUUACUUGGGCUGGUGGAUUCUUCGAGAUGGACAUGGAGAAAUCAGAGAAGACCUACGUUCCUAAUAAACACGGCAAAAGGACGAAUCUCUACGUAACUGCAGCUGCAGUGAACAUCCUCUCGUUCCUGGCCGGGAUAGCGUUCGGCUGGAUGGCGACCAUGCAGUCGGUGCUCCAAGGGCCCGGCUCGCCCGUGGGGCCCAUCUCGGACCAGGACGCCUCGUGGCUGGCGUCCAUCAUCAACCUGUCGCGCCUCGUCACCAUCCCGCUCUACAUGUGGUCCGUGGAGCGCCUGGGCCGCAGGGCGACCGGCUACCUGGUGGCGGCGCCCUUCCUCGUCAGCUACGUGCUGCCGCUGUUCGCCGGCUCGGUGGCGGGGCUCUACUGCGCCAGGCGCGACCCUCGCCGCGACAUCAAGCCUUCUUCUCACGCCCGAUCCUGCAUCUUCGGGAUUUUCAUUAAACGACCACACACAUUUGAAUUUCAAGUUCAAAAUUUGUCCAAAAUUAGUGCUCGAUUAGUAAUAAUUUGUGGCGUAGAAAAAACAGAAUUUGUGUCUCUCCCCCCCGGAAGGUUCGUGGUGGGCAUCGCGGCGGGGGGAGCCUUCAUCCUCGCGCCCGCCUACGUCAGCGACAUCGCCGAGGACUCGAACAAGGGCCGCCUCGGGGUGCUGUUCGGGCUGUCGCUGAACCUGGGGCUGACCUUCUCGUACGCGGCGGGCAGCUACGCCUCGUACUAUGCCUUCCACGCCUGCUGCGCCGAGAUCUCCGCCGCGGCGCUGCUGGUGCUGAGAUGCCUGCCCGAGUCGCCGCUGUUCCUGCUGGCCGCCGGCCGGGCCGCGGAGGCGCGCGACGCCCUCCGCUGGCUGCGGGGAGGCGAGGACUGCGGGCUGGAGCUGGAGCGCAUGGCCUCCAGGGCGCGCGAGCUGCUGGACAGGAGGGACACCAAGGUAUCUCUGACGGCCUUGACGGACAGAGCCACGCUGAGGGGCCUGCUGAUCGGGCUGGGGCUCAUGGCGAACCAGCAGCUGAGCGGCAACGCGCCCGUCAUGGUCUACACCGUGUCCAUCUUCGAGCAGGCGGGCUCCACGAUCCCGCCGCACGUCUGCGCCAUCACGGUGGGCGCGCUGACCACGGCGGGAACGCUCGUCUCCUCCGCGGUCAUCGACCGCUGCGGCCGGCGCGCGCUGCUCAUCGCCAGCGACCUGGUGUUCGCGCUGUCCCUCGGCCUGCUGGGCGCCUACUUCUACCUGCGCCACCUCGGCUGGGACGUGGCUACUGUCGGCUGGUUGCCGCUGGCGUGCCUGUCCGCGCACGUCUUCACCACCGGCCUGGGCUUCUCCUCGCUGCCCUUCACCGUCGCCACGGAGCUGGUGGGCCCGCGCGCCAGGGGCGCGGUCCAGACGGCCAUGCUCAUGUUCCUGUCGGCGAGCGUGUUCGCGGUGCUCUUCUGCUACGGGCCCGUGUCGCGCGCCGUCGGCCAGCACGGCUGCUUCUGGUUCUUCAGCGCGGCGUGCGCCGUCUCCGCCGCGUGCAUCUACCUCGCCAUGCCCGAGACCAAGAACAGGAGCGUGGAGGAGGUGGUGGCGCAGCUGGGAGGCGACCACUACGUCCGGUCCGUGGUCACGUGGAGCAAACACGCGGCCCACGUGCAGAGCAUACUGUGA